GCAUGUAUAUAUGUAUGUAUGCCCUUAGAAAGAAAGCUGAAGAAGAAGAAGAAGACGAAGAAGCGCAGUAGUUAAAGAAUGGUGAACGAUCCUCCUCAAACCCCCACAAAGACAGCAAAAAGGGGCCCGAACUCGGUGGAUGUUUGGGCGGUGCAAUGCGGGCAGUGCUACAAAUGGCGAACAGUCGAAACCCCAGAAGAGUACGAGGAAAUCCGGCGGAAUUUCACGCAGGACCCGUUUGUGUGCGCCAAAAAACCCAACCAAACCUGCGAGGAUCCGGCGGACAUUACCUACGAUGCGUCGAGGACUUGGGUGAUCGACAAGCCGGAUCUCCCUAAAACCCCCGACGGGUUCACGAAGGUGCUGACGAUGAGGAAAGAUUACAGCAAAAUGGAUAUCCAUUAUACCACCCCGACCCGGAAGCGCCUCAGAUCCUCCAUCCAAGUCGCCAGUUUCCUCAAAGAAAACCCGGAGUUUUCCAACUUAUCCGUCGCCGAUUUUAGCUUCAAAACGCCUAAAGUCAUGGAGGACACCAUCCCUGCUUCCGCCGCAGCUGCGAGCAGCAAGAAAGGUCCGGGUUCAAUCUCCGGCGCCAAAUGACCCGGGCGCCAAAUGACCCGGUUGUGUUUCUAGUCAGUCCUAGGAACCCUAAUUUCAACAUCCUAGUAUUUUUUUUGGGUUUUAUUUAAUUUUAGAAGUGUUACGAUUUCCCUGGAUAUGGUGUCUGGUCUUGGUAGGGACUAGGGUGUUUGUCUGUUGCUUCUGUAACUCUGCAAGAAAUGAAGGAUUUUGUGUAUCCCAACUUCACAAAACAACAUAAUUUCUGUAUUAGGUUUCCUGUGAUAUGAUUUGAUAUGAUGAAUUGCUUCAUUUUCUUUACCA